AACCCCUUGUUUAAAAUUGGUCACGAACAGAAAUUAAAACAAGAUGACAUGUACUCAGUGCUUCCGGAAGAUCGCUCCCAGCACCUCGGAGAAGGGCUGCAAGGGCACUGGGAUCAGGAAGUGAAGAGAGCCCAGAAGGACGCUCGGGAGCCUUCCUUAAUGAAAGCGAUCAUAAAGUGUUACUGGAAAUCCUGUCUAGUUUUGGGAAUAUUUACGUUUCUUGAGGAAGGCACCAGAGUAGUUCAACCCAUAUUUUUGGGGAAAAUGGUUAGUUAUAUUGAAAACUAUGAUUCCAAUGAUUCUGCCGCUUUACCCGAAUCCUACGGCUACGCGGCAGGGCUGAGCGCCUGCGUGCUCGUGUGGGCCGUUCUGCACCACUUGUACUUCUAUCACAUGCAGCGCGUGGGGAUGAGGCUGAGGGUAGCCGUGUGCCAUAUGAUCUACCGCAAGUCACUUCACCUGAGUAGCUCCGCCAUGCGGAAGACCACCACAGGCCAGAUAGUCAACCUGAUGUCCAACGAUGUGAACAGGUUUGAUCAGGUAACAGUGUUCUUGCACUAUCUGUGGAUGGGACCACUGCAGGCUGUCGCAGUGACUGCCCUGCUCUGGAUGGAAAUAGGAAUGUCGUGUUUUGCUGGGAUGGCGGUUCUCAUUAUUCUUCUGCUUUUGCAAAGCUGCUUUGGGGUGUUGUUUUCAUCACUUCGGAGUAAGACUGCAGCUCUCACAGAUGACAGGAUCAGGACCAUGAGUGAAGUCAUAACUGGCAUCAGAACAGUAAAAAUGAAUGCUUGGGAAAAGUCAUUUAUAGACCUUAUUACCAGACUGAGAAGGAAGGAAAUUUCCAGGAUUCUGAAAAGUUCCUACCUUAGGGGCAUGAAUUUGGCAUCAUUUUUUGCCAUCAGCAAAAUUAUGAUUUUUGUCACCUUCAUCACCAAUGAGCUCCUUGACAACCGGAUCUCAGCCAGCCAAGUGUUUGUGGUGGUGACGCUGAUCGAGGCUCUGCGGUUCUCGAGCACCCUCUACUUCCCCAUGGCCGUCGAGAAGGUGUCAGAGGCCAUCGUCAGCAUCCGAAGAAUCAAGAAUUUUUUAUUGCUUGAUGAAAUACCACAGGUCAACACUCAGCUGCCAUUAGAUGGUGAAGUGAUGGUGGACAUGCAAGAUUUCACUGCUCUUUGGGAUGAGGAAUCGGAAACCCCAACCCUACAAGGCCUUUCCUUUACUGUCAGACCCGGUGAACUGUUAGCUGUGGUCGGGCCUGUGGGAGCAGGAAAGUCCUCAGUGUUAAGUGCUCUGCUAGGGGAGCUGCCCCCGAGCCAGGGGAAGGUCAGCGUGCUUGGGAAGAUUGCAUAUGUUUCUCAGCAGCCCUGGUUGUUUCCAGGAACUGUGAAGAGUAACAUUUUAUUUGGGAAGAAAUAUGAAGAAGAGCUAUAUAAAGAAGUAAUAAAGGCUUGUGCUUUGGAAGAGGAUUUGCAGAAUUUGAAGGAAAGAGAUCUAACUGUAACAGGAGAUGGAGGAACCCCACUGAGUGAAGGACAGAAAGCCCGGGUCAGCCUGGCCAGAGCCGUGUAUCAGGACGCAGACGUCUACCUCCUGGACGAUCCGCUCAGCGCGGUGGACACAGAAGUCAGCAGGCACUUGUUCAAACAGUGUAUUCGUCAGGCCUUGAAGGAGAAAAUCACAAUCUUAGUUACUCAUCAGUUGCAGUACCUAGAAGAUGCAAGUCAGAUUCUGAUACUGAAAGAUGGCAAAACAGUGAAAAGGGGAACUUACUCUGAGUUCCUGAAAUCUAGGGUAGAUAUUCUUUCCCUUUUUGACAAGGGGAAUAAGCAAUCUGAACCAUCUCCAGUUCCAGGAACUCCCACUCUGAUCUCCAAGUCUUUGGGUCAGUCUCUACAGUCUCAUAGACCCUCAUUGAAAGAUGCGGCUCCAGAAGACCAAGAUACUGAGAACAUACAGGUUACACUACCUCUAGAGGACCAAUUGGAAGGAAAAGUAGAGUUUAAGACCUAUGCAAGUUACUUCACAGCUGGUGCUCCCUGGCCUGUCAUCAUCUUCCUUAUUCUGGUAAACAUCGCAGCUCAGGUUGCCUACGUCCUGCAGGAUUGGUGGCUUUUAAACUGGGCGAAUGUACAAAGUGGCCUGUAUUUAGGGACAUAUGUAGAAGAAGCUGCAGAUGUAAUGUUUGUGCUGUACUGGUUCUUAGGAGUUUAUUCAGGGUUAACUGUAUCUACCAUCCUUUUUGGCAUCACAAGGUCUCUGCUGUUAUUCUACGUCCUUGCUAAUGCUUCACAAACUUUGCACAACAAAAUGUUGGAGAGCAUUUUGAGAGCUCCGGUAUUAUUCUUCAAUAGAAAUUCAAUAGGAAGAAUUUUAAAUCGUUUCUCCAAAGACAUUGGGCAUAUGGAUGACUUGCUGCCCCAGAUAUUUCAAGAUUUCAUCCAGACGUUUCUACUUGUGAUUGGUGUGAUGGGCAUGAUGGUGGCUGUGAUUCCUGGGGUUGCUAUACUUGUGAUUCCGUUUGGCAUCAUUUUCUUUGUUGUCCAGUGGUAUUUCUUAAGGACAUCACGAGAUGUGAAACGCCUGGAAUCUGCAGCACAGAGUCCAGUGUUUUCUCACUUAGCAUCUUCUCUCCGGGGACUCGGGACCAUCCGGGCAUACAAAGCCGAACACAAGUUUCAGAAACUGUUCGACGCACACCAGGAUUUGCACUCAGAGGCUUGUUUCCUGCUUUUGACGAUGUCCCAACAGCUCGCUAUGUAUCUGGAUGUCAUCUGUGCCAUCUUUGUCACUAUUGUUGCCUUUGCGGCCCUGAUUCUGGCAGAUAUUUUGAAUCCUGGGGAGGUUGGCCUGGCCCUGUCUCUAAUCGUCACACUUACGGGGAUGUUCCAGUGGUGUAUCAGGCAAAGUACCGAAGUUGAGAAUAUGAUGAUUUCAGUAGAAAGGGGGAUUGAAUAUAUAGACCUUGAGAAAGAAGCACCCUGGGAACUCGAGUAUCGUCCACCACCAUCCUGGCCUCAUGAAGGAAGGAUUUACUUUACUUAUGUUAACGUCAAGUACAGCCUAGAUGGGCCUCUGAUAUUGAAGAAUCUGGACACGCUCAUUGACCCAAGAGAAAAGCGUGGCAUUGUGGGAAGAACAGGAGCUGGAAAAAGUUCCCUCAUCGCUGCUCUUUUUAGAUUGUCAGAACCUGAAGAACCUGACAUUUGGAUUGAUGGGAUCUGGACAACCAACAUUGGACUUCAUGAUUUAAGGAAGAAAAUGUCAGUUGCACCUCAGGAACCUGUUUUAUUCACUGGAAGAAUGAGAAACAAUCUGGAUCCUUUUAAUGAACAUACAGAUGAGGAACUGUGGAAUGCCUUAGAAGAGGUUCAACUUAAAGACACCUUUGAACAUCUUCCUGGUAAAAUGAAUACUGACUUAGCAGAAUCUGGGUUGAACUUAAGUGUUGGACAGAGACAACAGGUGUGCCUUGCUCGGACUAUUCUCAAGAAAAAUCAGAUAUUGAUUAUUGACAAAGCCACAUCAAAUGUGGAUCCAAGAACUGAUGAGUUAAUACAAAAAAAAAUUCAUGAGAAAUUUGCUCACUGCACUGUGCUAACCAUCACACACAGGUUGAGCAAUGUCAUUGACUGUCAACGGAUAUCGGUUUUGGAUUCAGGGAUACGGAAAGAAACUGGUCAGCCAAAUGAUUUGCUGCAGAAUAGAAACAGUCUAUUUUACAAAAUGGUGCAACAACUGGGCAAGGAGGAAGUAGCUGUCCUCACUGAAAGGGCAAAAUAG